GGCUAAGGGAGUUCGCCGUGCGUGGACGCUGCCCUUCCCCACCCGGACGUGUCCUCUUCCCCACCCCCCCCCUUUGUUUCCCCUCCCCUCCCCAUUGCCACACCACCGGACGCGGAGUGGUGAUGGCCAAGGUGUCGGUGCUCAACGUGGCGGUGUUGGAGAACCCGAGCCCUUUCCACAGCCCCUUCCGGUUCGAGAUCAGCUUCGAAUGCAACGAGGCCCUGGCCGACGACCUGGAGUGGAAGAUCAUUUAUGUGGGCUCAGCAGAGAGCGAGGAGUUUGAUCAGAUCCUGGACUCGGUCCUGGUGGGUCCUGUCCCUGCAGGAAGGCACAUGUUCGUCUUCCAGGCCGAUGCCCCCAACCCGUCCCUCAUCCCCGAGAGCGAUGCCGUGGGCGUCACUGUGGUGCUCAUCACCUGCACCUACCACGGACAGGAGUUCAUCCGCGUGGGCUACUACGUCAACAACGAGUACCGCGACCCGGAGCUGCGGGAGAACCCACCCCCAAAGCCAGACUUCUCUCAGCUCCAGCGGAACAUCCUGGCCUCAAACCCCAGGGUCACCCGCUUUCAUAUCAACUGGGACAACGGCCCUGACAGGCUGGAGGCCAUAGAGAACCAGGACCCCAACGUGGACUGCACGCCCCUCAGCUGCGCCCCUGCCAAGGGCCUGGGCCUUCCUGGCUGUGGCCCCAGCCUCCUGCCAGAGAACUCCAUGGACUGCAUCUGACUUGGAGGUCAGGAGCACGACGGGGCUCCGCGCACCCCUGCAGGGGCCCAGACACUCAUGCCUGGUCAUCUCAAGGAUGAGGUGCUGCCUCGGCCGCCAGCCCUGGCCAGGGAAAGAGCGAGCCUCUGGUCCCCAGCCCUGGCCCACCUCAUGGGCCUUGAAGAGGCAGUUUAUUUCUGACCUGUGCUGUUUGUUCUCCUGCUCAUGCCCCAAGUGCUCUCUGCCUCCCGCCUCGGUCAGUAUCUGGUAGGCCCCAGCCUGUUAGGCCAAAGUUCUGUCAGUCUCCACCGGCUCCUCUCCUCCAACCUUGGAGCAGAUCGGUCCCAGGCAAGGAAUCCGGCUAGGAGGUGGACACAGGUGCAGUCACUGUCCUCCAGGGUGUCCCCAAAGAUGAGCGCCGCAGGACACCGAGGAACCACAGGUGCCAGUCAGUCUCGGCCACCUUGCCAUUGUCUCCUGGCUGGGUCAGGCUCUUGCCCUGUGCAGGAGACGGGCAGGGGAGGGUCUGCUGUGUGUGGUGCGGCCCUGUGAGCAUCAGGGCUGCCGCCCACAGAGCCCUGGGGCAAACCCUGCCCCGUUCAAACACCCGGUCCCUUGCUGCUGUGUGGGUGCUGUUGUGGUUGCUGUUUGUAUAUUAAAGGGCUUUUAUAGGAAAGAUGUUUGGUUGGUUUAAAAAAUAAAAAGCACUUCAUCCAGA